AGAUUUGGUGUAUUGACACGACUGAGAAAUACUACAGGAAAAAUCGUCAUUCUAGGCAAACAAACGUGUUUCCAUAUAAGCGUACUUGGCAGACGAAAUCGAGAAUAGAACGUUCCGUCUUGACUCUCACGAGCGACUCAACUAAGCACUCUCACUCUAAAUUCUCUGUUUACUGCUUUUUUAAGGUGACGCGAGUUCUGAUCUUGGGACAUCUCUUUCUCUCUCUAAAUUGUUUCUUUCUCUCUCUAAAUGGGCAAUUGGAAUCGGAGAUGGCAACCGCGUAGGAAGUAUUAUCAAGAACCUCCAUUGUCUACCCCUAGACCGCACACCAAUGAAUCCCGCAAUCCACCUGGGGUCUGGCAAAACAGUGUGCCUUCAUGGGAAAGGAAAUUUUGCACUUUGGUUGGAUCAAUUCCAUGGCAGAAGGUCGUGGUUGCUAAGAAGUAUAUGCAUUGCCACAGCGAUGUGAUCAACUGGAAUGACUCUGCUGGGGAAGAAGCAUUUCAUAAUGCGAAGAAACGGUUUUGGGCAGAGAUCAAUAGCCUUCCCUGUGAUAUCACUUUGCCUGAUCCAAACAUUUAUAUUGAUGAAAUUGAUUGGAAUUCAAAAAUUGAUCCUGAACUGAUGUUGGAUGUGGAUAGGGAGUACUUCAAUCCUGACGAAGGUAAAAACAAUGACAAGGUGGAGAUCACAAUCCAAAAGGCACACAAUUCGGUUUCUGGCCCUUCUUUAGGAUUGGAUGUUAAGAAUCUGGGUAAUUGUGGCAAUCCUUGGGAAUGUGGUUAUGUGCAGGGUACGGCACAGGGUUGGGACAACUGGGAUAACUCCAGGAAUUUGGAUAAUGUUGACAAUCCUUGGGAGCGUGGCUCUUCUCAAGGUAAUGGAGCUUCCAAGGACAAUGCAUGGGGGGGUUGUGCAGAUACAUCGCGGGAAUUCCAACCUGGGUUAAACUGCAUCAAUCAAGCAAACAAUUUGGAUAAUAAUUAUGACAAUCCGUGGGAACGAGGCUUUCAAACUGUUGGAUCAGUGAAGCUAAAUGGAUCGGUAAAUGUUGGAAAUAACUCUUGGGGGAACCGUUGGAAGGUCGGUGUUCAUGAAUCAAGGAAUAUGACUAAAGUUGACAAUCCUUGGCAGAACAACUUUCUUCAGGAUAGUGGAGCUCCAAAUGAUAGGGGAUGGAGAGAUUGCAGGGACAAUUCCUGGCAUUGGAAGCAGUUGGAGAAUGGAAAGAAUGAGCAGAAGUAUAUAGAUUCUAGAAAAACCAAUGGAGGUUGGCAGGCCAACAAUGGUGGCUGCCGGAAGAGAGAAGGUUCUAAUCAGUAUCCAUUGAGGUACAAAAGCUCGAGAUUUCAAGGUGAUGAUUAUGGUACAUGUCAUCACUGGAGGAAAGGAGGAACUCAGAAGAGGUCCAGUUAUGUAUUUGAGUAGCCAAUUAUGGAUUAAAGGCCUUUGAUGCUCCAGGGCAGUGGAACAUGGUCAAUCUCAAUUGCCAAUGCCAAGAAUUUUGGUCUGUCUUUUUACCAAGAAAAUAUCUUCUUUGUAAUCUUUAUACUUGUGUUAUAUUUGCUUUUCUUUGUUGUCAUGAAGCUUUUUGGAAGGCUAUAAUCCAGCAAUGAGCAUUUUUUAAUCUUUUUGCCUGUUGCAACUUGCAUGCCAAAAUGAUUGUACUGAAUAUGAACUGGGUGACCAGUUUCUAUUCAUCAAGAUCUGUCGUCAGAAUAUGUUGGCUCUUUGUUCGAGAACUUAAAAUUUGACUGGGCAAAGGUAUGAUUCUUAUGCAACUUAGUUCCCCAAAUGUUCUUCUUUCCGCAACGAACAACCUUCUGCAUGACACCACAUUAUUAUUGUUGAGGAUUUUAGUGUAAUUUGCUUUUGUUUUUUUUAGUUUUAUUUCUUUAUGACAUGGGAUCUACCUGACACAUACUCAAAAUUAUAUGCUGUGUAUGGAGGCUUUAAAUUUUUAUUGGGUACGGUGGGUUUCUUUCAGUGCAAAAGAUGCAUUUGUAUAGGUCCCUGUGUCUGAUAGGAAUCCAAGUAUCCUACCUAGGACUUUAAAAGUUACUUCCAAAAUCAUUGCACAAUCACCGCUUGGCGUGAAAAGGACUUCGUCUCAUUCUAAAUUCUUUUUUUAUCUGUCUUACUCUAGAAAUUGUUUGAACAAGAUGUGAAGAAUAUUUAGUUGCUCUACAUGAGUGCAGAGGAUUAUCUUUCUACAUGGCUUCUCUGUUUAUUUAUAAUCAAAUAGUGAUGUAAUUUUCUUCUUAGAAUCUUGAUCGAUUUCCAACAUGAUUUCAUUCAUAUCUUAUGAAGAUUAGGAUAGCGAUUCUGGCAGAGAACUCGUCCCAGACCUAAGUCGAGGCCAGAACAAAAUUUGACUUUUUGUCCAUUGGAUUUACAAGAGUGUUUCUGCACCAAUCACGUCAGAUAAAUUUCAUGAGAAAUUCCAUCUGAUGAGGCUUGCCUUACUUGCAUGGAUCAAACUUUUACAAGUCAAUCUAUAUAUGUUUGUUACACACAUAUAUACACAGGGGAGGGGGAAAGAGGAUUUAUAAAUGGAAGUCUGUUUGAGUAACAGUUUUUUGGCUUCAAUACAUAUUCAACUUUACCAAGAGGCAGCCAACGAAUUAUAGAAAGGUUAUUUAUUUAUAAUAAAGGAUACCACUGUGGGGUGGGGCACUUAAAAUGCCAAUCCCAACUUGAUUAUGAAAAUAUUUCCCAAACCCUCCCCUACCCCAGUCAUGUGCUUCAAAACCUAUUCCAGUUGGGGUGGGCUAAUUAGUCGACUGAUUUCUGUCCCUGAUGGAAAAUGUUUGAUCUGCUUAUAUUUCUUUUGUGCAUGGAGAAAACCUUGCAUGAAUUAGAAUAUGAGUUGACAUAUCUAAUGCUGAAUAUCUUGCUGGGAUACAAAAUCUCUUUUCCUUCUCUAUCCACUUCUUUCCAUUAUCUUUCUAUUUCUAUCUCUUCUUCCUUGGUAAUUUAGUGGUUAUUGCUUGUGUAGCGGUAGAAGUUCGGCCUGCCAAGUAGGAGAAAGCGGGAACCAAUUUUUGCAUAGAAUGGCUAAUGUUUGAUUUGUACCCAAUACGCCCCUCCCAACAAUCUCGAACGGGAACCAGCAUGAACCUACUUGGUAAUUACAAAAUCAUAUUUUUGUAAUAAAUUAGUUUAUACAUGAUGAAUUUUUUAUAUAACAUAGAAAAAUUUGCUAUAGCAGUUCCUAUAAGUUUAUAGGUAUAAUUUAUUUUGGCAUUAUUCUGAAAAUAUAUUUUGAUAAAAAGCUGUACUUUUACUCUAGUUUAUCCUCUCUUCCCCCAAUUUGAAUAAUCUAAUUUAACCUUGAGCCUAACUUAUGGGCUUGGUUGCCAUCCUCGAUUUAACAAGGCACCCACCACCAAGAUGCUAGCAGUAGAAGGCAAUCCCUUAAACUCCUGAGCAAAUUGCGUGGCUACAAAUUAAUUGUCCAGUUCAGUGUUAGUUCCGAUAAAUAGUUUAGUUUUAGAAGAUACUAGUCAACCGAUAAAUAGUUCAGUUUCAGAAGAUACUUGUCAGCAUAAAGUCUUAUUUAUAAACUAAAUGUAUACUCUCUCUCUCUCUCACACACACACACACUCAGAGAGAGAGGAGAGAGAGAGAGAGAGAGAGAGAGAAUUGUUGGUGAUGUCAUCAUCUUUUUACUCAACUUUGCUUUAGAUAUUAUCAAUUUUAAUUUGGUCCUCUCUUCCCUGAUUUAUACUUAGAAGUUUUGAACUUCAAUCAACUCUUGCUGUUUGAGUGAUGUGCAAAAAUAGGGAACCUGGAGGCUCUCAACUCAAAUCUGAUCUUGUCAUUCAGCUAAUUAAAGAAAGAGGCAAGGCCUUCAACUUCACAACAAGCAUUCUAUAAAUAUAUAUAGUGCUCCUAAAAUUCUACUAUAUUCCAAAAAAUCCUUACCUUUUGUGUUGACAUAUGUUUCCAUGUGUUACAUAUUAUCAUAUUAAAUACACUUUCUAAAGACACCCAAUGUUUUAUAUUAACCUAUAUAUUGAAUCCUAAAUAGUUGAGAAAUGACUUGAGUUGAGUUGAGUUGAGAACAUAAACAUGAAAAUAACCAACAAAAUGUGGAGGGAUCAAUGUAAUGAUACCGGACUGCAAAUAGCUUUAAUAUGCAAAAUCAAAAUGCAAUGUGGUAUUCAACAUGGUAGGGGUUAGCUUAUGUAGGUCAAAUGAUUGGAAUAUUUUGAGUUAUUUCCUACAUACGAGGCUGUGAUUUUUGAAAAUUAUAUGAUAAUAAAAAUGUCAUUUUACCCUAGGUCUCUAUUUACUUGUGGAAAUUCAUCAUAUGGAAUGGCUGAUGCAUUUUAUAUCUCUGCAAAUGUAUUAUUCGUUAAUUUGAUUGUUCUUUGGUUCCCUGGAUUUGAAUGGGGAGUUUGAGGUUUCACAUAGGCAGGGUAAUACUUGUUCUCUCUUCUGUAGCUAAAGAUGAAUCUAAUUGAGAUAAUAUUGGAGCCACUGCUUGAUUGGCUGGAGGAGGCCAAAGGAAAAUUCCCAAAUUUUUUAUUGAAGAUGAACUUUAUAGUGUAAUUAAAUGGGCUGGUUAAGUUUUCUUGGUUGCACGUGGAAAUGUGCCAAACUUUUUGGAACAGUUUUAGGGCUUUUUGAUCUCAUGUAUUUUUUUGAUAGUUUGAGCUCAUAUAUAUAUAUAUAUAUUUCUCUUUAGUUGUUUAUGGGAUGAGCUCCUCGCUUGAGCGCUUUUCUAUGAAAUCUUUACUUAUAGAAAAAAAGGCUAUUUGAUCUCUCUCUGAUUUAUUUUUUAUUUUCCCUUCUUUCUUUGUUUUUCUUUGUUUUUUAUUUAUUUAUUAUCAUAUCAUUUUGCUUGCCUCAUGUCCAGAGGACAUUUAUCAUCUAUGCUAAGUUUUCCACUUCUCUCGUUGUAAUGUAGCUUGUUUGCCUUAUAAAUAUGGGAAGCACUAAAAGCUAAGGGAUUCUUUUAUCUGGUGUGGUUUAGUGGUGCCUUAUUCUACAUGGAGAAGUUUGUUAAAAGGAUUGCAAAUUUUCUUUAUGACAAAAAUGUAUUAAUCUGUUCAUUUAUCAUCUCUGCUAAUAAGUUUUCCGUUUCUCUCUUUGCAAUGUAACUUUUUUUUAUUUUAUUUUUUAUUUUUUAUAUCACAAUGAAGUAUCCGUGUAAACUAGGGAUUUUAUUUUUCUGAUGCUUCACUGAUUGAUAUUCUUAAUGCUUAUUCUUUGUGGACUUCUGAUGAUUUUAGUGAGUAAUUAUCUAGUCUUAAAUUUUGAUUAGUAGGUGGAAGUUCAGAACAAUAUUAGUGAUUGAAGCUCUUGACCUAUCUUAAUUGCUUCAGAUGACAACUUUUUUAUGUGAAUUGAUGCAAAUUGAGUUAAUAUGGUCUUCCCUUGAUGUAUUUCAUAAAUUAAUCAAGCUCCAUUGUGGGUGAACAAAAGUCAAAUGGGUGUAUUGGUUGUACACAAUCUCAGAAGGAUAUAUAAGAAUAUACUUUUGUAUGUCUAUAUACACGUGUAUGCACAAGGGUCUGUAUUGUUAAAAUUCUUAAUAAGUUGUGAAUUCAAUACAACGUAGUUAAUUCUUUUCCAUCUAUUUUUGAAUGUAGGCAGUUGGAUAUCAGAUUAUUUCUAGAAAAUGUUCAAAUCUUUUAUAGUAUGUGGUAAAAUAUACAUUUAAAAAAAAUCUAUUUGUUUCAUAUUUUCUAAGUAUUUCAUUCAAAAACUUUUCACUAAUUAAUGUAGUUAUGGCAUUUUCUCAAGUCAUGGUACAACUUCAAUUGACUAGAUGGUGAACUGCCGAUUGUAUACUCGGUUGCAUUUAAGAUCAAUCAACAAUAUGGUUUUAUUGUUUCAUGUAUCAUUAGGCUUUUGAGGGCUGUUACCGGUUCCAUGGUAAAACACUUGAGCAUUGGUGCAACUGGAACAAGCUCGAGCCCCGGAGGGGCCACUUUGUGAAAUAUCAAAAGUUAGGUCUGUCUCGAAUCCUCCCUCCCCUGGACCCUUACAUGAUGGGAUCAGAAUUGGUAAUGUUCUUUAUAUUAUUAGGCUUUUCUUGAUUGGUUUGUUAACUUUUGUAGACUUGUACACUGUUAACCUUCUUUCUAUCUUUUGUUUUUCAAUGAGGAGAUGAUUGUGUGAAUAGUUCAAUAGCUUUUUGCUGCAGGAGGUUGAUAGAGGAUCCAGACUGUUGCAUUUCUUGAUGCUAUAUCGAUACAUAAACUAUGCUUAAAUACACAAUAUCCUUAUAGGUUACAAUAAAUUUAGUAUUUAUUUGUUGAAGGCUUGAAGCUAUAUAUGGAUUGUUGUUCAAUUUCUUGUUUAUCAAAAAAAAAUUCUAUGGCAAUUAACUUUUUUAUUCUGUUCUAUUAAAAGAUCUUUUUUUAUUGGGUGUGCUCCUUAUCAUUGGCCCCUCAUUCCAUGAUGGGCUGUCUUAUCUUUAUUUAUUCAUUUAUUUAUUAUUAUUAUGCUUGCAAGAAACUCACACACCCUUAUUGUCCCUGUGGGGACUUGAACCGUUGAUCUUCUACUUUGGAAAGGUGAGGAAGUACCACUGGGCUACAGCCCUUGGUGAUGGGGUGUCUUAUCACACAACCCUGCUGUGUCCUAUGAAAGGAAAAGGAACCUGUCAACAGAAUAUAAAAAAACAAAGAUGAAAUUCUGAACAACUAUAUGUAUAUGGGUGAUGAUUCCCACCAUGGAUAGCUGUAAGAAAAUUAAGAUUGCAUUGUUUUAUUCUGUGAAUUCUGUUUAAAUAUCUUUUCAUGUUUUCAUGUGUUGUUUUGCAAAUUGGUUGUAUUUCCAA